CGACGUGGUGGAUAGGACCAGCGUCAGCUCGCUGGCGGAUUUCGUCAGGGCUCGGUUUGGAAAACUCGAUAUUCUGGUGAAUAAUGCAGGCAUAACCGGAGCUACAUUCAUGAAAGAGGACUUUGGUUUUGACAGAAGAUAUAAUUAGAGGUCCGAAGGCCAAGUCCAUGAAGGAGUACUUCAAGGAGACGUAUGAAUCAGCAGAAAAAUGUCUGAGGACUAACUAUUAUGGAAUCAAACAAGUAACUGCUGCUCUUCUACCUCUUCUUCAACAAUCAAGUAUGCCAAAAGUAGUCAAUGUCUCCUCUUCCGUUGGCCAGCUUAAGUACAUUCCCGGCGAGAAUAUAAAAAAGGAGCUCCAGGAGAUCGAUACCCUCACGGAAGAGAAAGUGGAUGGUCUGGUCGCGCGAUUUCUGAAGGAUAUGAAGGAGGAUGCGGUGGAAACCGGAGGCUGGCCGAUCCUUUUAUCUGCUUACAUCGUCUCAAAGGCAACUCUCAAUGCUUACACAAGAGUUUUGGCGAAGAAAUACCCUGAAAUAGCCAUCAAUGCUGUGCACCCGGGUUACAUCAAGACCGACCUAAGCCACAACAUUGGGUUGCCGGUCGAGGAAGGUGCGAGAGGUCCUGUUAUGGUGGCUCUAAUGCCGAAAGAUGGACCUUCCGGGGCGUUCUUCAAUCGUACAGUGGUAUGGACCUUUUGAUCAAGAUUUGGAUGGGUAGCGCAGAGAGGCUACGUGGGUUUAGUGUUAUGUUGGGAACAUUAUAAGAUCACCUGCAUUGGGGUAUCUAUUUGCAACCAAUUCAUUCAUCCACAUCAUUUA